AUGCAGCCUGAGUCCAAGAAGUAUGAAGAAGAGACACCUUCGCUGUACUGGGGAAUGGAUCCCGUAUUUUCUGCAUUUGCAAGACUCUAUAUUAAAGAUAUAAAAGAAAUGAGAGAAUCUAAACAAGUGCCAGGUAUAUUCUUUUACAAUGGACAUCCAGUAAGACAGGUGGAUGUUGUCGGGAUAGUGGUUCAAACAAAAGAGCGAGAUGCCUUUUAUAAUUACGCAGUGGAUGAUAGUACUGGAGUUAUAAAUUGUGUCUGCUGGAAAAAUCCCAUGGUAGCAGAAACAUCUUUGUCAGGUCGUCCAAGCACACCCAGCGGUCUUACUGUGCUUGAACAGAUGAAGAAACUCCAAAAAAUGGUGAGCCAGAAAACCAAGCUGGAGAUCGGGGAUAUUGUCAGGGUCAGAGGUCACAUCCGAACCUACAGGCAACAAAGAGAAAUUCAGGCUUCAUGUUUUUAUAAAGUGGAUGAUCCUGUGUGUGAUGUUCAGAUUUCAAGAAUGCUGGAGCUCCCCUGCCUCUAUAGAGAAGUUUAUGAUAAACCUUUCCAAGGCCCUGAGGAAGGACAGAGGUAAAUGCAGUAUCCACACUGGUCUUGGGGCAAAGUGUGUGAUCUUAAUUUCUCAAUCAAUAUGCUACAUGAGAAAGUGAAAGGCUUUCUAUUAGAAAACAGAAUUCAGACCUUUUACCAACAGGAGCUGGAAACAAUUGAUACUCUGGUGUCGCUGGCUGAUGUGCAUCUACCCAGUCCCAGCUGUCAGGAGGUGAAGUCAAAAGGUGACUCCAGUUCCAAAAGGAUUCACAGUAUUUUUAAGGAAGCAAUAAGGAUGCUACAAGAAAAAGGGGUGGUCUUCCAGAAACCUAGUAGCUCCAAGGACUUAUACCAUGUGACUGACCACGAUAAGGAGCUGCUUAAAGUGACACUUGAUGUGAUUAAAGAAGACUGUCGAAAACCCAGGCAUGCUGAAAAAGGCUGCCAUUUCCUUCAUGUCCUGAGCUGUGUUCGGCAGAGCUACAACCCUUCCCUGGCUGAAGGGGUGAUGCACCGUGUCUUGGAACUGUUGGAGAGUAACAGUGAUAUUGUCAGCACUAUGGAAGGAUAUUAUAUGGCAUUUUAAAGAGAGAAGAUAUGAUACAUUCAUUCUGGUCCAUUCAGCAUAAAGGAGGGAAGAAGAGGCUGAGUGACCCUGAAAAGCUGCUAUUACCUGGUAUGAUCUAGAUGGGGGAAAAAAGAAAGAGCAUUCUGAUUCUCCAAACGCUGUUUUUGUCCAGCUCCAGAGAAGCUGUCCAAAUGCUUUUUUUAAUAUUCUUGCUGACUUCCUUGCUGUUCCUAGUGAAAGUUCUAUCAAACUGAUUCUGAACAUCGUAGUACAGCGG